GGCCAGCCCCAGCAGACACAGCAAACUGGGCAGCGGCUGGGUGCGCUGCGCUACAACGCGUUUUCUUCGGUGCGUCCCACUCCGGCCGCCGUAAAGACCCCGUCCAGGACAACUGGCUCACCUAGACCGAAAAUGAAGCUGAAAGAAAUUGAACGAUCUGCUGUCCAGUCCUGGAGUCCAGCCAAACAAUACCCAAUUUACUUAGCUACAGGUACAUCUGCACAACAGCUUGAUGCCUCCUUUAACACCAGUGCAGCCCUUGAGAUAUUUGAGGUGGAUUUUGGGGACCCUCAUCUUGAAAUGAAAAGAAAAGGUGUCUUCCCAGCAGCCAACAGGUUUCAUAAGAUUAUCUUUGGCAGCUUUGAAGGAGAUUCGGUCGGCCCUUCUGGAGUGAUUGUAGGCGGUGGAGAUAAUGGAGAAAUUACACUAUACAGCACUUCACAAAUAUUAACAUCUGGAAAAGAAACGGUUAUCACUAAAAAUGCGAAACAUACAGGCCCUGUCCGUGCACUUGACCUAAACCCAUUUCAGAAUAAUCUCCUGGCUUCUGGUGCCAAUGAUUCUGAAGUUUUCAUUUGGGACCUAAAUAAUUUCAGUGUGCCAAUGACCCCAGGAGCAAAAUCUCAGCCUGUAGAAGACGUCAGUGCUGUUUCCUGGAACCAGCAGGUCCAACAUAUAUUAUCGUCUGCUCACCCUAGUGGUAAAGCUGUGGUAUGGGACCUCCGUAAGAAUGAACCGGUCAUUAAAGUUAGUGACCACAGUAACCGGAUGCACCUUUCAGGGAUGUUGUGGCACCCAGAGAUAGCGACUCAGCUAGUCCUUUCUUCUGAAGAUGAUCGCCUACCAGUCGUUCAAGUUUGGGAUCUGCGCUUUGCUAGUUCCCCACUGAAAAUGCUAGAGAAUCAUAAAAGGGGUAUUCUGUCGAUUUCGUGGAGCAGAGAUGACCCAGAAUUACUUCUCAGUAGUUCUAAAGAUCAUCGUAUAUUAUGCUGGAAUCCAAGCACAAGUGAGGUGGUAUAUGAGCUGCCGGUUGGAAAUCAGUGGUGCUUUGAUGUCCAGUGGUGCCCACGGAAUCCAUCUGUGUUCUCUGCUGCCUCCUUUGAUGGUUGGAUCAGUGUGUACUCUGUCAUGGGAGGAAGCCUUGAAGCUCAGCAGAGGAGCCAAGCUGAAAGGAUCUCUUCCUCUUUCAACAACUUAGAUCCAUUUGGGACAGGACAGCCUCUACCUCCCCUCCAAGUGCCACAGCAGGCCCCGCAGACCACUGUUAUUCCUCCCUUGAAAAAGCCUCCUCGCUGGAUUAGAAGACCAGUCGGGGUUUCUUUUGCGUUUGGGGGAAAAUUGGUUACUUUUGACUGUCCCAAAGCAGCUCUCCAACAGACGCAAGACCCCACACCUCGCCAGGUGUACGUCAGUCAGGUGACCACGGAAAAGGAGUUCCUAACGCGGUCUAGUGAGCUACAAACAGCGCUUCUCUCUGGCAGUCUCCUGGGCUUUUGCCAAAGUAAAAUUCAAAACUCCUCAAAUGCAUUUGACAAGAGUAUCUGGAACUUUCUGAAGGUUAACUUUGAACAAGAUGCAAGGGAAACAUUCUUGAAAUUGCUUGGAUAUCAUAAGGAAGAGCUGGAUAAGAAGAUUUCCACUGCUUUGGGGGAUAGCUGGCAACACAAAGGUAGCCCAUCAGAGGGAGAGGAUCUUGUACAGAGUAUUCAGUCUGUGUCUAGCCAGGCUUCAAGUAGCUUUACUGGGCAAACUGUGUCCUCCUCCUCCUCCAUGGAGUUUUUUAAUCUACCUCCUCAGGAGACCACCAAGUUUGAUAUCCCUGUAACAUCAGACACAGAUGGCCUUAUAAGCCAGGCGCUGUUAUUAGGAAACUUUGAGGCUGCUGUGGACUUGUGCCUGAAGGAUGGUCGCUAUGCUGAUGCCAUUAUAUUGGCCAAUGCUGGAGGGGAAGACUUGCUGAGAGAGACACAACAAUGGUACUUUGCCCGGCAGAAAAAUAAGAUCACUACACUCCUCUCCUCCGUGGUACAGCACAAGUGGAAGGAUGUAGUUCUGGGCUGUAACUUGCAGAGCUGGAAAGAAGCAUUAGCUCUACUCCUGACCUAUUCCAAACCAGAGGAAUAUGCUGAGCUUUGUGAUGCUCUUGGAAACCGCUUGGAGUCAGAAGGAGAAGGAAAGUUGUCUUCUCAAGCUUGCUUGUGCUACAUAUCCUCGGGUAAUGUCGACCGGCUGACAGAGUGCUGGGUCCAAAGCCAUGAAACCUCAACACCUCUUGCACUGCAGGACCUAGUGGAGAAGGCUAUGGUACUAAGAAAAUCCAUUGAGUUACUCCGAGGGUCUGCACUGCCACCGCAAGGGCCUGUGUUAGCAGAGAAGGUAGCACAAUAUGCCAGUCUCUUGGCAUCUCAGGGGAACCUAACUGCUGCCAUGAGCUACUUACCCAGUGACUCUGAGGAGAGUUCAGUACGUGAACUACGUGAUCGCCUUUUGCAUGCUCAGGGACGGGCUGCAAAUGGGCAGCAAUAUUCUUCAAAGACAUCCAGUAGCUACCCAUCGCCUGCAGGCAAAGUAAGCAGAGCGUCAGAAGGCUUCUUGUAUAAAGAAGUAAGCAAACAGGCUUUAUCCCAGUCUCCAGUUAGCACUGUACCUCCGCCUCCAGUGCCUUCACAAUUCAUACCUCAGCCAAUGCCUGCUACAGUGCCGCCCCGUCCAUCCAUCCCAUACCAGGCUUCCUCUGGCCCGUCUUCUAAUAACUAUUAUCAAUAUGGUGGCUGGCAGCCUUACCCAGGAUCACAGCCCCAGUCAGCUGUGCCAGGAAUCCUACAGCCUCCACCCAUGAACCAAGCUCCCCCAAUGUCAACCCAUACUACAUUUCCUCCAGCAUCUCAUGAUGUUCCUAUGAAUGUUCCUGGAGUAUCUAAUGCAUACCCUCAAGCCUCCGUUCCACCUUUGCACCCAUCUGCUUAUCAUCCUGCUUCACGAUCAGGCAUGAGUCAACCUCCAACACCACCCACUAUGACUACAUCCCAUGUUCCUUUUAACUAUCAACCAGACAUGGGAUUUUAUGAAGGAGGACCCGGAGCACCAACUGUCCGGCCGCCGCCACCACCACCUCCAACAGGUUUCUUUCCCUGGCUGGAAAACAGACAAGAUGCUACAGCAGUUGAACAGGAAGGUUGGACAGAUUCCUUCUCGAUGAAACCUGGUAUUCAACGGAAGAAGUCAAGCCCUUUGGUCCCUCUAGCGCCCAUUACUACCCCGGUGAUGAAUUUGCCUUCUGAGCCAGAAACCUUCCAGCCCCAUAUGGAUCCCAGUCAGACGCCUCCAGGAGCACCUAAAGAAGCAAGCAUGCAGUUCCAUCGGAUGGCAGUGGAAAAAAUAGAAAAAAAAGAAUUACCUGCGGAGCAUCUACCACUGCAGAGAACAUUCAGUGGUCUAGUCCAGCGUUGCUCUGCGGUGGCAUCUGACCCAAAAACUAAAAGAAAACUUGAGGAUGGAUUGCAGAGGUUGGAGUUUUUAUAUGACAAGCUGAGAGAGAAUACUCUAUCGGCACAUAUUCUGGCUGGCCUACAUGAUAUUGCCUGUUGUAUGGAGAAUCGCAAUUACCAGCAAGGUCUUGCUGUACACACGCAGGUGGUCAGUGGCAGUAACUUCAGUGAAGUCUCCGGUUUCAUGCCCAUUUUAAAGGUCCUUAUGACGAUCGCCAGCAAGUUGGGAGUGUAGCACUAAAAAAGAGAUGCGGACAUUACAGGUGCACAUUCGGGAACCAGCAACAUGAAUCCUUUUUGAACUGCAGAGUGGGGUGAUCAGCUCGUACCAGGCCGGUGCAUUGGGUGCUUUCUCAUAUACGUACAGUGCAUGCGGAAGCAAUCCAGCACAGUCUAGUCCCUGUAGAUUACCGAGCAAGUUGAACGUGGAUCAAGCAGGAUGCCAUCUUGACAUUUUGGUACACUAUUUACCCCGGUCGUAAAUUCAAGAUGGCUCCAGUUUGUGCAUGGAAUAGUAUGGUUUAUAAUCAGGACAAAAUUCAUAGUAAGCUUCGCAAUUGUGGCAAGGGAGCACACCCCUGCUUCCAAAGACAAUCUGGAUGACCUAAUUGUAUGGUAUAGGCCUUUAUAGUCAUUGGCUUUGCAGUGAAUAUUAUUAUUAUUAGAAGCAUCUGGAGAAAUGAACCUUUACCUAUUGCCUGCUUUCCCUGUACUGUAUAUGCAGCAGGGCCUUUCUUUGUUUGAUUCUUUUUCUUGGCGUCCAGUGCUGGUUGUAAUUGUCCCUGGAGGUGCCAGAUUAAAAGAUGUUCUCUAGUCUCAGAUGACCUAUUAAAGGAAUUUUACUAUACUGUAUAAAAAAGCCACGAGGAAAUUACAGCCAGCAGUGUGAACAAGUUACGCCUCUUUCUUAUGUAAGACUAUGGUGUGUUUGUAAGAUAAAGUAUAUGCUCAGGUAGUUACUGCAUCGUUUUAAGUUAUUGAAUUAUUUAAAAUCUGUUUCCAAAAGCACAAUAUACUGAAUAAACCAUUUAACGU